UUGUUAUGUAUUGCUUUCGUAUGUGCCUUUGUAAAUCCAUCUAUCAUCAGAACCUGUACGACUUGUCGGUUUUAUAACCUGACUGACUCUCUAACUGACUGUGGUUAGUAGCUAACAAACUGUCUAACUGCUAACUGACUGCUGCUUAACCGUGUAUGUGGAAUAAACCUUCAGAAAGACAGUCGAGUUGUGCCCGCCGUACUUGUUCUGGUUACCCUUUCCAGAAGGGAGUAUUGAGCUGGAAAGACCAACCAGCAGAAAUCUGGACAGUUAUAAAACCGUUGUUGGCAACGUAUCAGUGCAGUACGGACAGCCGAGCGGAGGACGACAAUCGUGGAGCACCAGGACGCUGGUGAAGCGAAUCAGUCGUGAAUUACUAAAGAGGAGAAGCUGGAACAGAAGAGCCAACGCAGCCGUGAAUAAGGUUGUGCACUUGGAAUUCAGAGCUCUUCUGGGCGAAGAGCCUCACAGAGGAGAAGCUGGAACAGAAGAGCCGACACAGCCGUGAAUAAGGUUGCGCACUUGGAAUUCAGAGCUCUUCUGGGCGAAGAGCCUCACGGAGGAGAAGCUGGAACAAAGAGCCAACGCAGCCGUGAAUAAGGUUGUGCACUUGGAAUUCAGAGCUCUUCUGGGCGAAGAGCCUCACAGAGGAGAAGCUGGAACAGAAGAGCCAACGCAGCCGUGAAUAAGGUUGCGCACUUGGAAUUCAGAGCUCUUCUGGGCGAAGAGCCUCACGGAGGAGAAGCUGGAACAGAAGAGCCAACGCAGCCGUGAAUAAGGUUGCGCACUUGGAAUUCAGAGCUCUUCUGGGCGAAGAGCCUCACAGAGGAGAAGCCGGAACAAAGAGCCAACGCAGCCGUGAAUAAGGUUGUGCACUUGGAAUUCAGGGCUCUUCUGGGCGAAGAGCCUCACAGAGGAGAAGCCGGAACAAAGAGCUAACGCAGCCUUGAAUAAGGUUGUGAGGAUUGCACAAGGAACAAAGAGCUCUUCUGGGCGAAGAGCCUCACAGACUGUGACAUUGAGACGUCGACAGUUGGGGGCGUUGACAUUCGUGUGCCAAAAAGACGUGUCGUUUGCAAAGAACUGAAUCCUUUGAACAAGUCACUUGCAACGAACCAGAGAGUCAAAUCAUUUGAACAAUUCCAAUUCCGGAGUUCAAAGAACAAAAAUGGCAGACGACAAGCCAGACCUGGAAGACCUACAACGGAAGCGAUCAAAUGCACAGCGGAGCCUAACGACCCGUAUAAACUGCCUUAAUUUCAAAGCUGGUCGUCUAGGCACAGGAAAAUUGUCGCAAGAGUUGGCAGGGUUGGAAAACGACUAUGAUACUUUCAUCGGCGCCUGCAGUGAAUAUAUCGAAGAACUGGAACAGAUAGACUCAACGGACGACAACUGUGAGUUAAGAGACACUCUGACAAAGAGGGACGCCAUUUGGCAAAGGUACCAUGAGACAAUGGAAAUGUUGUGGUUUAAGGAUGCUGAGCCAGAAAUAAGCACCCUUGUGGCACGGUUCAAUUUAGCUUUCGACCAGGCCGAGGUACUCGGCAGGAAAAGCGCACUACAGCGGUGUCAGCAAGAGGCCAGAAGGAAGGGACUGGAUCAAGAACUCCACGAACUCAGAGACACUGUGCAUGUUUGGAGAGACUAUCAGCCAUACGGGAAAGAAAAGUGGAGACUCCUUUUAACAUUGGAAAUUAAAAAGGAGGAACUGAUGGAUGAGUGGUCAUGCUGCCGGGAUAACAAACGGGGAGAUGGGCAUACCCGACCAGUAGCUCGUGCUAGUACCACCCCACCUGUUCGCACCCACUCGGCUAUUAGGCAGGGCACCGUAGCUGGCACCAGUCCCCCUCAUCAACCUCCUCAACAGCCUCAACAACCUAACUAUGGACCCACUGUCAGCUUUACUCAGCCUCCAACCCUCACCAGUACACCACCAAGGUUUCACACUGCUCCCACCAACACCAGCAUGGGACAAAGGGGAACUGUGCCCACCAGCAACUUUGGUACAGUCACAGGGGGAGAAGACAGCUCUCAGUGGGCCCGACCCAAAGCAAAGAUCACUCCGAUUAGCUUGCCUAAGAUUUCUGGGAGCAGGACGGCUGACUGGGAGAGUAUCCAGGCGCAAGCGGGUCCCACAGAGUCCUUUGAAGAAGAGCAGAAGAGACUGAAGGGUCAAGUGACAGAGUUACAGAAAGUAACGGAAGUCAAUGUCAAGAAGGUAGAGGAGCAGAGUAAACUGAGGGCCGAGAUGCCUGAGCUGCUGAGCUCUGAAAGGACCCAAACUGCAGAGCUGCAGGGGACCUUGGUGCAAAGUCAGGAGAAUCUCACUGAGCUUCAGUCUGACUUCUACCAGAAAGAGUCAGAAGAAGAAGAGUCUACCCUGCAUCAAGACCUCAAGGCACCAGAAGAGACCAGAACUGCAGAGCUGCAGGAGACCUUGGUGCAAAAUCAGGAGAAUCUCACUGAGCUUCAGUCUGACUUCUACCAGAAAGAGUCAGAAGAGUCUACUCUGCAUCAAGACCUCAAGUCACCAGAAGAAAGACUGAGCUUAGCACAGGAGGACUUGGCUACCAACACCAGCCAACUCCUGCUAACCACACCACUGCUAACUCCAAACCAGACAGGUUUGGAGGCUCAGACAAAGGAACUGAAGAGAAGCCACAGCUCAUUGGAGCCAGAGCUCACUGAACAAGAGCAGAAGCACCUGGUGAUACUGCCUUUUGAGAGCAGACUUUCUGAGAAAAUGCUAACACAGUGGCUUGCGCAUGGGAGCAGCCCCAAGAACUAUGCCUUCCAGGGAAACCAUUUCGAGAAGCUCUUAUUGUUCCUGGCGCCUUUCCUGAAAGGCCAAAAGUCAUUACCCACAAGAGUAGAGCUUUUGAAGUUCAGUGAGCCAAUCCCCAUUUACAUUUCUGAGAGACCCAGCUACCAUGAGAAGCCGGUCGACUGGAGGAGGAUCCUAGAGGGAGUGGAGAAGAUCCUGAAAGCAAGGGGCUUCUACCUCAAGCCCUGGGUCCGGUCUGGUCAAAGUGGGAGGAAGGACGAGGCAAAGCCUGACCAAAUGACUCUACUUACUGAAGGAGAAGUGGAUGUAAAAGCACCAAACCCAUUAACUCGUCGCGUCCUACUGAGCCAGAUCACUGGAUUGUACGACCCAAACGAUCUAACAACACCUGUGGAGCAAAAAGGUGUGAUUCCUGUGAGGAAGGCCACCCAGGAGGCUGGCAAGUUCACUAAGGACACUUGGGAUGAGUCCCUCUCUGACGAACUCCGAGGGAAACCGAUCGAGCUGUUCAAGGAGUACACUCGCUUGGGGAGCAUCAAGUUCCACAGAAACCUCACACCCUCUCCGGCUGGAGGGGCAAGCCCUGGGGAAUCACAUUCUCUGACGGAAGCUGUGAAUCUUACGGCGCCAUACUGUACCUGCGAUGGGAAACGUCAGAUGGUGUAGUUACCCGGUUGGUGGACUCAAAGGCCAAGUUAACCCCCUUAAACCAAAAAGGCGAUGCAGUCGAAGUUGAAAUCUGUGGGGCUGUCUUCGCUGGAUGGCUCCCAGCACUGUCUGAAUGUCUAUGAAGUGAUACCACUUUCCCACAGUCAAUCUCCCAUGCUUCAGUAUGUAUUCCUUCAGGCGUGCGGCGAAGACAGCCCCACGCCAGUUUAGGCUCGGUCGAGUUGUGGAGGCCCAUCCUGAUGUGAAAGGCGUAGUACGAGAUGUGAAAGUGAGGACGUGCCAAAGUUGUCCGGUUUCCAGUGGACAAAGUGGGAAAGGCAAAGAAAAGGAGAACCGUCCCUCCACCAUCCUUCACAGAGAUGUCAGAAGGCUGGUGGUUCUGUUGCCAGUGGAGGAACAGAAAUAGAUUCCCCACCACAUGAUGGUGUGUUUCGGAAAAAGGGAUCAAGACCCCCCCCUCCACCAUCCUCCACGAGAGGUGGUGGUGUGUUUCGGAAAGAAAAAGGAUCAAGACCCCCCCCUCCACCAUCCUCCACGAGAGGUGGUGGUGUGUUUCGGUAAAGGGCAUCACUGCGUCAUCAAGGACAAUGUGAAACCUUUAUUUGUCAUUUGUAUCUGUCAUUCACAUCGUGUGUAAUACGUUCGUACCCAGCGAUGUAGCUUUAUGUACCCAUUUGAAAGUUAAAAAAUUGUGUGUGUAAUACGUUCAUACCCCGCGAUGUAGCUUUAUGUACCCAUUUGAAAGGUAAAAUUGUGUGUAACGCGUUCGUACCCAGCAAUGUAGCCAUUUCGAAAGGCAAAAUUUGUGGUUGUUGUGGCCUACUUGGAUUUAGGAAUCAGUAGGCCAAGUGGGAGGUGUAGAACUUUCUAGCAGGCAAAGCUAUUUGUCUUUCAUUCUAUUUAUCUGUUCAUUGUUGUAACUGGUAUCAAAGCACCGUUGCCUUUAAAGGGCCUUUAAGGUGCAUCGUCAAAGCCAUGUUUUGUUAUGUAUUGCUUUCGUAUGCGCCUUUGUAAAUCCAUCUAUCAUCAGAACCUGUACGACUUGUCGGUUUUAUAACCUGACUGACUCUCUAACUGACUGUGGUUAGUAGCUAACAAACUGUCUAACUGCUAACUGACUGCUGCUUAACCGUGUAUGUGGAAUAAACCUUCAGAAAGACAGUCGAGUUGUGCCCGCCGUACUUGUUCUGGUUACCCUUUCCAGAAGGGAGUAUUGAGCUGGAAAGACCAACCAGCAGAAAUCUGGACAGUCGCUCUGAUUUCAUCAGAUAUUACUGUUCUUUGUCUUCACUGACCACCUCAACCUCCUCUCACACGAACUCUUCCUCUCAGAUUUCUAUCCAUUGUAGGGCCUCACAAACCAGUGCUCUCUGAACUGGCUUCUAUGUUCCCUCACAUCAUUAGCCACAAGUGUGAUCAGUUUUGAGUUGUUGUGUUCACGUGGUGACACCUGUGCUUUAACUGUGUUUGACUUUUGUGACCUGUGCUCACCAUUAUGCAGCACGGGUGCAUCACAAUGAACAUGUGUUGGCAAGUUGUGUCUAAACAGGUGAAAAGUGCUUAUGGUUUUGCCAAAAGAGUGAUUGAUUCAAUCAGUGGGUUCAGGCAACUGAGCAUUUGGUUCAGACAAUAGGGUUUAGUGUUUUAGCAAUUGAGAAAAACUGUAAAGUGACCAGUAACCAAAUGAUGGGGUUUGCUGGGCUGAAGUGCAAGGGCAUACAGUUCUUAGAACAACAAAAAAUGUGUUUGCUAAAGUGAAAUAUUAACAUUAAACAACAGUAGCGUGGUUGUGCUUUUCUGAAAGUAGUCGAACGUUUACUGGAAUGAAAGUAGCACGGAGUGAGGAGUAAAGCAGGAGGAGGAAGGACCGAACCAAACUUGGUGCCAAUCCAAUGACUCAGCCCUGACGUUUCUUCCUCCUGACCAUAGAGCACAGGUCUUUCUGACCCUCCCCCUGGACAGAGAGUUUUACUCUCAGUACUGAAGUCAGCCAGUGUUCAGUGGACGUUUGGUCAUGUCUGCACUGUGGUGUGUUCAUCUACUGCUGCUGCUGUUCUGCCUCUGGUUGCCCAGUCUGGGCCAAGCAGCUCUGGUCAUCUCAGGUCAUGAAGCUCCACAGGUGAACUCACUCACUCUCACACAGACCUUUUCGUUCUCUGACUUAAACCCUUCAUGCUGCGUUCUUAUUAAAUAAAGUAAAUUAAGUCAAUUUGCCGUGGGAAUAAAACACAACUCCUUAUAUGGACAUCCUGGCUGUGUGUGUGUGUGUUUUCAUAGACUUCUUCUACUUGUGUGUUAUUGAGUCAAAGUUAGGAUCGAGCUUAUAUUGUGUGUUUCGCAAGAAAAAGCAGGAGUAGCAACAAUUGUGCAGAAGUCACAAAAUAGACCGUUUUUUUCUUUUCUUUUUGUUCCUAAAAACGAGGCCAAGUGAACUUUGAACUGUGAAGUAUUUCCAAAUUUCACAAACUCAAUCCGAUUUUAAAAAUGUUAGAUUACUUUUUGCUCAGGUGUGUUUAUAACAUUAAGCAAAACUAUAUUUCAUCAGAUUGCUUAGGUUGUGCUAAAAAAAGUAUAUAAGACAUUUUCUUAUAGCCUCUGUAUAUACAGUACGUUUUAACAUGGUAAUGUGAAAGCAGCCUAAACCCUCUGUGUUCCAAGGGUUAGUCUGGAUUUUCACAACAGCCAGGAAUCGUUUGAACUUCAGUUCUCCCUGAUUCAGCCAAAUCUGCUCUUUAAUUCCAUUUUGUAAUUGAGUAUAAAUCUCAAACACUGUUUAAAUUUACUGCCAACUCCUCCUGUGCACACGUGUGACGCUUUUUCUUUUUUGUGAAGAGGUACUUAAUGUCACGUAAAGACUGUGUGUGGAGGUUUCUUUCAUUUUCUGGCACAGUGUUGUGUUGAUUGUUGACUCUCGCUGCUGUGUUUGUGUUACAGGAAACAAGUGGAGCUGCCAGAUCACUGCAC